AUGAAUAUCAUGAAGUGGGAGAAAGCUGACUGGGAUCCGAAGGGAUCCUGGGCCGCACGGGUGUGCUUUGAGUGGCGAAAUUUGUGUUUCGCUUCCGCCGCGCCGCGCCGCUCGGAAAAAAAAAGAAAAAAGAGACGGAGCGAGAACAGGGCAAAAUCAGAGCGAGCGAGAUCAGAGCGAGGGAGACAAGAGCGUGAGACCAAAACUCAAGAACAGAGCAAGCGAGAUCAGAGCGAGCUAGGGUUUCAAAGACAGAGAUGGAAAAUUGGGGAAAAUCGGAGAGCAAAGGAGCGGCUCUUACUUUUCAUACAGUUUGACCUAGCAGCAGAAUCUCGAGAAGUCAGUUCUUCGGCAAUUAAAAUGGGUUGGGCAAAAUUUGAUUGGAGUCUUACAGAAAAGAGCAAGCUUGAUGCUCAUCAACCAGAGCUUUUCAUAGGAUUGUCCUUGACAAGGCAUGCAUUUGCAGAAAGUUACAUGCAACUGACGUUGUUCAGUGCUGCAAGGAAGAGAUCAUCAGAAUUUGAGUUUGAAGAGUCUGAUCCAGAGGUUCCACCAGAAGGGCAGAAGCUUGCAGUAAGUCAAUUGUGGUGA